AUGGUUCUGAAGGCAAUAAGAUCGUUCUUCAGGCGGCUUUACAUCAUCUUGGUGGAUCUGUACACGUUUCCGGAUCUCCGACCGGUGUUCUUGGCUGGCAUGAAGAACGGAAUGUUGGGGCUGAUUUUUAAAGGUCCAGUUUAUAAAGAUGUAAGCGACAGUUACGGUGGCAGUGCCCGGGUGAUGUAUAUUCAAGGAGUGCCGCUGCCUCCCUUCCCGUCAAUGCAUGCUAACUUAUUGGAACAGGAUGGAUUCAAGGCCCGCAAUGACGAUAUAUGGGUAGUUAAUUGGCCAAAAUCAGGCACACAUUGGAUGUGGGAAAUAGUCAAGAUGAUAACUUCUGGGCGGGCAGAAUUAAAUGACUCUUCUAAAGGAGGCACCAUGUUUCCGGAACUGUGUCCGCUCCACGUAAUAGAAAAGAUGGCGUCACCGCGUGUCCUGAAUACACAUGUGCCUCUAAAACUUUUCCCAAAGGUAGCGCUGAAUAGCAAGAUAAUCUACGUUGUUCGUAACCCAAAGGAUGCAUUUGUGUCUUUAUAUUAUCACGCAACAGGUAUGGAGCCGAAGUCAGCGAACUGCUCUUGGAACGGGAUGUAUGAACUGCUGGUGAACGGCAAAGCUCAAUAUGGCGACUGGUUCGACCACGUGGAAGAAUGGUUGAAAGUUCUGGAGAACAAUCCAAACGCCCUCAUUGUGACGUAUGAAGACAUGCAAAUGGACCUUAAGAAACAAGUGCGUCUAGUGGCCCAGUUUUUGGGACAUGAAAAAUCAGAGCAGUUCUACAGCGACGUGGCUAGACUAUGCUCUUUUCAGCAUAUGAAGAAAGACAAGAAAGAUGUCAGAAGUGUCUGGGCAGAGGAUAGCGAAGGCAUUUUUAGGAAAGGCACGGUGGGAGAUUGGAAGAAUCAUUUCACAGUGGCUCAGAACGAGGAGUUCAAUAAGAUAUUCUGCAAGAGGAUGAAGAACAUCAACCUUGACUUGAAAUUUGAGCUAUGAUGAAAUAUCGCGUUUUUGGCUAUCGAAAGCCGGUGUAACGGUAAUCCAA